GGGAGCAAGGUCCUCGGGGCAAGUUGCUGUGCCACCUUCCAAGACAGGCAUCAGGCCCUCCCUACAGACGCCCACCGAGACCCUCCACUCUCGGAGAGGUGCAAAAAGGGAUCACACUGGAAGUGAUUUCCGGCUGGCCACCACAUUUCCGCUCUCACCUCUGAUAGGAGGAGCCAUGAAGUCCCGCCCAUCAGCUCACGGCUUCUCAGUGGCUUCCACUGAGCCCGCUGUGUUCCCAUUGGCUGGAUGGUGAGCCUGCUAAAGCCCCUCGUGGGGCAGGCUGAACGAAGGCUCUCAUAGGCAUUUGUCUGGACUUCGGGUGGUGCUGAGGGGUGGCCGUGGCGUCUGAGCGGCUCUGUGGGAGGCAGAGAAGCAAGCUUGGUGUUGUGUCUGAGGGGCACAGGCUGCCCUAACAACGGGACCAUGCUUCGCUUCAUUUCCAAGGCUCUUGCCUUCUUCCGUCGGAGGGUGGACUCCUCGGAGGCCGAGAAGGAGCAGCAUGUGAAGCUCUUGGAAGGUGACACCACAUUAAAAACUGUGCAGGGAGCUGUGACAAAGGUCUGUAAGGACCACGGCUUGAUUGAUGACUUGAUCUACUUCAGUAGUGAUGUUGUGACUGACAGUGUGUUUCUGAACGUGGGACAAAAAGUCACUGCCAUUGUGGAAGAAGAUAAAACAUAUGGAUGGAAAGCGGUCAAAGUGGUUGCUCUUUGUGAUGGUUGCCAUGGCAAUGGAAUGUCCAACUCCUACGCUAGAGUUUCAUUUGCCUCUAUUACCUCUGCAGAGGAAGGGGCUGACUACAUUGAUCAUGCAACUUACUUCUCACUAGAUGUUGUUUGUAAAGGUUUUGAGCCUUACCAAGGAGACCGAGUAGAAGUUGAGUUUUCCACCCAAUCAGACACGUUGGGCAGAAGAGCCCUGUCGGUGAAGCCUCUGAGACAUAAGCAUGUGCAUGAGGUCUACAUUACGAGCCUACAUGGAAGAAAUGGGGUGAUAGAUGACAGCAUCUUUUUCACCUUGGAAUCUCUGAAGCUUCCCGAUGGAUACACACCUCAAAUAUCUGAUGUUGUUAAUGCUGUCGUGGUGGAGAGUAGUCAGUCCUGCUAUAUGUGGAGAGCAAUCUCCAUGACUCCAGUGAAAAGGUAGUAAUGAGAAAACAGCAUUUGUAGUCCCCGUGAAGCUUUUCUUCUCUUAUCAGUGAAGAGCCCGGCUUGAAAGUGUUUUGUGAUAAAUAGUUCAGUCAACCUCAGGAAUUAAUUCAAAUGCAACCUUUCAAGUCCUGUGUGGGUUGGCUCAGUGGAGUGUACCUUCUGGAUAGUGGUCAGCAGUUUUCGUUAUUGAUUAAAGACAUUUUCAUCGUAA